ACAUACACAUGAUAGAUUAGUAUAUGACCAUGAAUGAUCUCGCUGUGAAAGGAAAGAAUCAGCCCCAACCGGAAGUUUUAGGAGGUAUUUUGUUUGAUGUGUAUGCCGUUGAACUUGGAUUUAUUUUCUUCCUCGCAUUCUCCUGUUUGGAUGGUAUCAGCAGCUUGAAGAAGGCUUAGCCAAGAAGGAAAAAAAAUAACCACACUUGUAGAAUGGAUUGAUUCUCCGGCAUGAUUUUGUUUAUUCGUCAACAUCAUGCAGUCAUGUUUUAUUUACCCGACUGUCUAUUGGCAUGGUUAAUGUCUAUAUUUGCGUGGGUGGUUGGGAUGGAUGAGUGGCAAUUCUCUCUACAGUAGUUUAAAAGUUAAAUUCUUUUUGGUAUUGAGAUGGUCUUGCUGAUUGUAUGAAUCAACGUCUCUUCGCAACCUUCCGUUAGCGAUGAUCUUCGAGAGGGUUUGAUCCAUUCAACAACGCAUUGUGGGAUGUGGGUGCUGUUUCUUUUCCCAUCCGUUUUAUCAAUGGACUUCAAGGACUGAGACGGGGACUUCCAUAACGUCAUUAGUCUUUUCAUGGAGGUAAAAAGCAAAUAAUCCUCUAUAGUUUUUAUUAAGAACAGAAGAAAAACAACAGCAUUCGAAUAAAACGCACAACAAUUUGAUUUACUGUUAACGAUCUCGAUCUCUCAUUUCGCAGAAUAAAUGAUUUAUGGGACGCACCGCAUUCCGCAACUUCAAUUAUUCAUGAAAAGUGUCCACCCCACACGACUCCUAAUUUGGGGGUAGAUGUCUUGGAUGUGUUAGAAGCAGUUGGGGAAUUUACUUUGCUCAUCAUUCAGUCAACUCCUACAUGAAACCUUCCUCGAUCGCCGAAAGUUUUUGACCCGUUAUUGACGGCUUGUCGUCUUCAAACAUGGUUAAAGAUUGAACAUAACAUGAUAUUUUCAUAAUAAUUUUUUGGAGAGGAAAGAACUUUCGCUGGGAAAAACAUUCCAGGAUGGAAAAUUCGCCAUGGAAACUGAUUUCUGAUUCCAUAGGGGAUACAGAGCGAUUCGAAGUGCCUCAGAUGUAUGUAUUGCCAUGGGAAUGUGACCUUACGCCACCGACGAUUCAAACUAUAAAUUCAAACAGUUACAAACCGUCCAAUCAUAGGAGACGUACGAGACAAGUUCAGAACUCGAGAGCUACUAUUCUCCAAUCGGAAGGAGGGUUAUGUAUCUCGUACUGUCAAUGUCGAUCCCGAGGUUCUGCUAUUGCUUUCAACAUCGUACUUCUUGCUACACUGGUUCUCAUUUUUACUGUGGUUUCUCUUCUGGUUCUAGCAUUGUAUCAGAGAUCACACUUUCAGAUAGAAGCAAACACUCCAGGUCUGGAGCCAUUUGACGCCACAACGAUUUCAGAUUCGUUAACCGGUAUUCCUAUAAACUCGUCAAAAACUCCAGGAUUUGAACCACCCGAAGAUUCGGUUCACAAUUUUGCAACCUCUUCGAGACCCGAAAGUACCAAUCAUGCUGAAGCAAUAGCAACCGUUUUACCCACAACUCCAUUCGAAAUUACGCAGGAAAAUGGUUGUGUCCCAAUACCAAUAAUUAGCUGUCGCAGAUACCUCAGAUACACCACCACUUUCUUUCCAAAUCGGUUUGGCCUUGGGGAGACUGCGAGUGACGGCGCAAAUCUUUACUACCAGUUUUCGUUUGAUAUUGGAACACAUUGCCAUCCUGAUGCCAAACGACUACUGUGCCGCAUCCUCUUUUCGACCUGUUACCAGCCUUUCAUCUUGGUCGACCCCGCUCCUCUUCCUUGUCGCUCUCUUUGCGAAGACGUCGGGACCCGUUGCGUCGAGAAUAGAUCUUUCAACGAGACUUGGAAUAGAAUCUGCGAGACAAUGCCCGAAUCAAAUAGUGAAGAUGUGUGCUUCCGUAGUUCCUUGACAUCCAACCAAGACACACAUCAUUUGUGUUCCAACUCGUCCUGCCAGAAUGGUGGGAUCUGCUUCGAGGUCAACGAUCAUAUUCUGUGCCGAUGCCCAGACCCAUUCUAUGGAAUCAGUUGUCAAAAUGAGUUUGAAGACCCAUGUGCUGUGAAUCCGUGCCUUAAUGGAGCAACCUGCGAGAAACAACUCUCCCCGUUUGGUUUCUCCUUUUAUAUCUGUCUUUGUGCGCUGAACUACCACGGACCCAAGUGUGAAAAGGUGAUAGGAACAUAUCCUGACCGAGACACUUCUGUUGCACAUCAUCUUCCAGGUACUGCAAGUAAUGAUGUGUCAGUCAAUUGCCAAGUCAUCCCUGAAGAGUGCCAUUCCAUCUUGUCCUACAACAGAUCACAUGGAAUACUCGUUGGUAGUCAAACUACUUUCUUCUCUCCAUGGCCUCUGAUCGAGACGUACGUAGCCUGCAGCCCUUCAGCGGCUCGUGUUCUCUUCUGUUCGACGGUGUAUCCAACUUGCUCACAGGAUCCUCAGAUUGCAUACGGUGAAGUGUGUAAAGAAGUAUGUGAAAGAGUGAAACGCGACUGCGAAUAUUCAUUCGAAGUCCUCAAUCUACCAUACAUUGAUUGUAAAAAGCUGAAGAAUCGUAACGAUUCCAUUGGAAUGCCAUGUUUGGAUUCCAAUUAGAUUAAUUUUCCCUUAUACCCCUGUAGUGUCACAAAUGUUGUGUCGGUCUAUGACAAACACCAAUCAAAGACGGCGUUCGCAGCUUGCACGAUAUAGUAAUCUGAGAGACUCAUGAGAGAUCACUGGAAGACCAGUGAAAGUUCACUCUAGAAUAGUACAAUUUCAGUAAGACAAGAAGUAUCAAUCAGUUUUUCAGAGAUCUUUAAGAGUUUUAUUUUUGGGGUCAUUCUACAGAGAUGGCCAAUUUUUUGUUGUUGUGAUUUUGGAAAUAGAUUACCGAAGUGAUGACGUCAGUUGCCAUAGUGUCAUGGCGGCCUGGUUCUAAACAAAUGAACCCGCCGAAUGAAAGCGUGUGUUUCUCAUGGGAGAAAAUGGCUGCUAUCGGAAUUUGAUCGCUUGCAACCUAUUUUAAGACGAGCCAAUGUGUACAGACGACCGUCAGCUGCGACUCUGUUUAGAACCAGCCCGCCAUGACACCAUGGCAACUGACAUUUUCAAUUUUGGCCUUUCAGUGGUCUCGAUGGGUUUUCAAGGGCUUCCGUUCUAUGGAAAAAAAGGCCAUAACCAUUGUUCCGUGUUUUCGAAAUUUGGACUGUAUGUAAGCAGAGUCAGUCGGCUAACUUUCUUCGAACCGAUCGAAAGGAACUGACGGUUUUCAAGAUGUGUAUUACCAAGGUCCAUCACGUGAAUGUUUCGGGAGGGCGGCCGAUGACUCUCAUCUCUUUUCUGAGUCCAAUUUUUCUCGACUUGCGGCCUCACGCCACCGUACUUAAUCCUCCAGCAAACUUUUGAACUUUUGAAAAGUUGUUAUUCUUGUUAUGAUCUGGAAAUAGCUAUCGUGACUUCAAAAUCAUUUUUAAAAUGUCCAGUACAGUCUCUAAAGGUAAUAUCCCCGAAAAACAGUUUUAACAUCUUGCCAUGUCAUGUAUUUUGUUUUAAUGUUUGAAUGGUUUUGUCUGAUAUUACUCUAACUUUAUUCGCCAAGGCUUCUAGUCCAGUAGUCAUAUGAUACAUGUACAUUCCAGAAGAUCUACAAGACACAGUGUGGGUCAGGAAGAGAAACCAAUGAUAUAUUUUUCUGCCAUCUAAAUCAAAAUUAUAAAAUUAAGAUAGAAUAGGUUGUUAUGUUCUGAUCGCUGACUGUCACAUUUGCGAUUUCCUUGAAUUAAUUCUUUACUUAAUUUUCAUCUGCACUUCUUCUUAUUGAUUUGAUAGACUUCGGAGCCUUACCAACAAUUUUGGAUUUUGUACAGUAGGCUAUUAGGGAGCUCGGGUAAAAAAACUGUGAAUAAUUCAAAAUAAUUUGUAAGCUUUCUCGGUAGCUUUCAGAUAUCAAAUUUCUAGGUAAAUUAG